GUGACUUUGCGCGUUUUCAAAUAUUGCACUAGUAGGAUUUACUUUUUAUCCUGAUCAAUGUGAAGGUGUAAGUUAAGCUACAAAGCUUCCUUCAUCAUCAUCUUCUUAAUCAGAAUAUUAAUGUUUCUAAAGAAGUUUUCAUUUCUAUCACUUAAUCUUUCAAAGGGAAAUCUCCGUUGAAAAUUAAUUUGUUCUAAACAACUGGUCUAUUCAUGACCUCAAUUAUUCAACCGUCAACACAAUCCUCGUCUUUUUUAUCGUUAUCAUUUGAACCACAUGUCCGAAGUAAAGUUUUACCAUUAUUGUCACCACAACAAAUACACAGAUCAAAGAAUACUCGGCAUGUUAUCAAUUGUAACCAUUUAUGCCAUAAAUCUUCAGCGGAUGGGAACUUAUUGAAUAAUAUGACACAUCCACAUGUAGUUAAACAUCAUUUGUCUUGUAAACCAGAGGCUACUCCGACUAAUAUUCCAAAGACAUUACUUUUAUCUCCACCACUACCAAUACGUCGUAGACCCUGUGAUUCACUAACAUCACAUCGUUGUUCAAGAGGUUCAACUAGUCGAUCAUUAUCUUCGGAUCAUUGUGAACGCAAUCAUUCAACUUUAGAUGAUGAAUAUUUCCAAACAAAAACUUCUUUUCAGUCAUUAAAUUCAACUACAAAUAAAUUAAUCAAAUCGCAAUCACCUCCAAUGAGAUUGAAAAAGUCUUCACAUUUUAUAUCAUUAACUAAAAGCAAUGAAUUUAAUUCAGAUGAUUUAUUAUGUACUAAAAAUGAUGCAAAUCAUCACCAGGUUGCUAAUCAAUUAAAUAAAGAAGAAUUUUCACGUCUUCCUGUUGGUUUUCGAUGGAAUUACAUUUUUGUAAAAUUAUCUAAUUGGUUUCAACGUGUACAUACAAUAAAUUAUUCAAGAACAUCAUCAGAUCGUGUAUCAUCUUCCAUACCGAUACAUAAUAAUAAAUCUGCCUCUAUUUCAAAUUCUUAUCGUUAUCAAGUAAGAAAAUUUGAACCGAUUAGAUCACGAAGUCAAUCAGAUGAAAAAUCUGGCAAAAUUAAAUCUAACCUACACAAUAAUGAUCAUUUUUGUAGUGAAUCUAAAACAAAAAUACAAUUAUCAAGUGAAAUUAAUAAUUCUAAUCGAAAUAUUUUAUCAUCAAAUAUUGAAUGCAUAAACAAUUUGAAAAAGGGAAGUUUACCAUUCUCCUCAUCAUCAUUAAUAUCUAAUGAGAAAUCAGUUGAAAAUUUAAUAGGUUUUUGUCAUACUAAUCAAUCUCCUAUAGUUUCCAAUAAUAAUUCUUGCAGUUCAAUUAUGUCUCUCAAUGAUUUAACAUACAGUAAAUUUCAUGAAAUCUCUCCAAAAUAUAGUGAUAUAAAUUGUUUUUGUACUCAAAGUUGUCCAAUAAAUUCACAUCAAUUAAAUGAACUACAUCUUGAUAAUGAGAUAUCAUUUACAUCAUGUGUAUCUGAUUGUUGUUUUUGUCAAAGAUACCUCAAUUACUGUGAUCAUAAUCGGGUAGUUUCAUUUUCUUCUAAUAAUCAAUAUGAACAAGAUGAUCGAAUUGUACAAUCAUCACAUUAUCAUGAUCUAAAACAACAGUAUUACCACCAUUAUUAUUCUUGUCAACAUCAUCACCAUUAUCACCAUCAUCAUCACCGUCGACUACAACAUCAUCAUCAUCAUCAUCAUCAUCAUCAUCAUUUAAGUCAUGAUUUCAAUCAACGUCAUAUAAAGUUCACGAAUAAUCAACAUACAACAAAUACAUGUUGUACAAAUUAUCCAAAACAAAACAAAGCUGUAAGAAAUUUUCAUUUGAAUUUAGAAAACCAAUAUACUACUAUUGGUCAACUAGAUCAAAUGAGAUCUGAUUGUAGGAAAAUAUCUCCAUCGGAUAAUAAAAAAAUUGAUUGUUCAUCACCUGUUAUCACUUUACAGUGUUUAAAUUUUACAGGAAAACAAUCAAAUAGAUUGGACGAUAAUAUUGGCAAUGUAACAAGUGUAGAUAAUAAUAAUAAUAAUAAUAAUAAUAAUAAUAAUAAUAAUAAUAAUAAUAAUAAUAAUAAUACAAUAGAUAAUGAGCAUUCACUCAAUACAAGAAAUAUCUCAUCAUGUUUCAUAGAUUAUCAUCAACAUCAUAAUCAAACGCUUGUACAAAAUCCUGAACAUGAUGUUGUUGAGCAUAUGAAUGAAGGUGACAAAAUUGUUAAAUGUACCAACUCAGAAAUUAUAUGUUCAAAUUUAGUUAAUGGUAAAUCUUUUGAUGAAAAAGUACAUUCGACGAAUAUUUCAAAACCUGAUAUUACUACUACUACUGCUAAUACAUUUCUUCAUCAAAAGUUUGUAACAGAUUUGAUACUUUUAAAACGCAUUGGUUGGUACUGGGGUCCAUUGACAGUGGAUGAAGCUGAAUUGCUAUUAAAAAACUGCACAGAUGGAACUUUUCUUGUACGUGACAGUAGUCAUGAUUCAUAUAUUUUAAGUGUCAGUUUUCGCUCUGGUGGUCAAAUUUAUCAUACAAGGAUUGAACAUCUGGCUGGUAAAUUUAGCCUGGCUCUGUUAAAUGAUUUAAAUGACAAUGUUUCAUCAAGUGUAGCUGAAUGUAUUGAACGUGUAAUGGUUGAUUCUUUUCAAGAUCGUAUGCAUUUUUUACCAACUCUUGAUGACUCUUCACCAUCUAUUAAUAUUAAUACCAGUGUACAGUUUAUUAAUAAUGAUCAACAUCAAUCUGACCAACAUCGGCAACUUCAACAAUUUAAUAAUAAUAAUAAUACAUCACAACCAUUCGAAUCCACACGCCGUUCUACCUCUACUACACAUAUUAAAGCUUCUUUAAUUCAUCCAUUGUCGCGUUUUUUAAUUGUUCCAUCAUUAGUACAUUUAUGUCGUUUUGAAUUGCUAUUACAUGUUCGACAUGAUCAUAUUGAUUUAUUACCAUUACCACCGCAUAUAUUACGUUAUUUAAAAGAAAGUCAAUAUUAUGCAGAAUUUAUUCCAGCUUAUUUAGAAUUAUUAACCAAUAUGAAUAGUAAUAAUGAUAAAGUUUAAUCACAAUUCUAAUAAUAAUAAUCAAGUCAAUUUACAUGGAUUUCUUUGUUUUAUUGUAAGAAAAUUUACAAUUAGCAUUUCUAUUAUUACAUUCCAAUAUAUAACUAAGAAUUUAUUAUUAUUCAUUCAGUAUGUAUACAGUGAUGAAACGAUCAAAGAUUAUCAUGACAAUGGAUAGUCUACACAAAUUACUAUUAUUCUAUAGUUUUAUGUUUAGUAAAAACAGAAGAAAAAAGAACAUUCUGUUUUGAUGUUGUUCGUUUAGUUCCAUUUAUUUGUUUGUUUCACAUCUAUUUUUUAUUGAUUACAGUUAUAUGUGUGUGUUUCUUUUAAUGCAACUGUUGAUGUUGUGUUACUAUCAUGUUGAUGAUUGAGAAUUUACCAUUGUGGAUAUCACAAACUAUACUACUAUUCAAUCAUGAACAGUAGUUCUUUUUUACUAUAACUAGUUUGUUUAGUGAAUAUUUAAACAUAUGAAUAUAGAAUUUGUUUGAUCAUGGUUCCUUCUUUGUUUUUCUUUUUUAAAGAACAAUCAAGAAAAACUAUGUAUGAAUUCUACCUCACACUAUUCUUGUAAAUAUAUGUGUUCUUUUCUUCAAAUAAUUACAAUAUAUAUUUACGGAAUUUUUAUUCAUAAAUUUUAAAGUGAGCGUUUACUUCAUAAAUAUCCAUAUAAACAUAAACUUGACUUAAAAAUCAAUAUGACAUUCAAACGGAUUCGAAUAUUGAACAUCAGUCCUUAUUUUUAUGUUCUCUCUUUAUUGAUUAUUUGUUAUUGUAGUUGUGUUUUGUUCUUCUCUUUUUCCUUGGUUUUAUAUUAUCGACAGUGAUAAUAAGAUGGACUUUUACAACAUAAACUUCAUUAUUUUACUAAAUUCUCCAUUGGUUAUUAUUAUUUAUGUAUAUAAGUGUGCUAAUCGUAUUGUUUAGCUUAUAGUCCUACUAGUUUCUUUUGUCUUUGUUGUUCUUCUGGUUAUUUUCACUGUUUAUUUUAUAUAGUUGUUAUUAUCCAUGUGAAUAUUUCUAGUGGGUAGUAGUAGUAGUAGUAGUAGUAGUAGUAGUAGUAGUAGUAGUAGUAGUAGUAGUAGUAGUAGUAGUAGUAAUUGUAUUAAAUAAUAAGAUUUAAUCACUGUUUAAAUAUAUUUCAAUGUUCUUUACGUCUGCCUACCGAAAUAUUAAUGAACUGUGUCAUAAUGUUAUGACAAUCAAUCUGUAUUUUGUUGUUUUAGUUUACAUUACAAACACAAAUAUUGAUGAUAAUAAAUAGUUCAUUUAAAUGAGAGAUAAAUUUUAACAAAACUAUUGUGGAGGCGCACUGUUGAG